GAGGGGCUAAGGCAGAGGGGAGGGGCUAAGGCAGAGGGAGGUGUGUAUGUCAUGUGUUCAGUCGUACCAGUCUCAGAAGAGGAGAGGGGAGAGUGCUUCCUGGAUUGGUCUGCUGUCGUCUGGGCUGUCAGGAUGGUGUUCUUCAAUACGGCGGGAGAAAACUCUGUCAUUCUGCUGGUACUACUGUGUGUAGGAGCUUCAAAACAGCAGCAGGUGGCGUCUCGGUGUGACUACCCCCUAACCCAGUUCUUCCAUGGCCCCUGCAUCUCCUGUGCUGCCGCCCCCUCCGCCCGCUGCCCCCCCGGCCAAACCCUCUCCAACCCUCUCUCACCCGGAACUCCCAUACCAUUCUCCUGCAGGUACGUGGUGAAGCUUGGCAGAACAGAGUUGGAGCUAAGGGGGUGUAGACGCAUCUGCCAAAAGUCUGUCGUCCAACAACAGUGUUGCCCUGGACACUGGGGUCCUCUCUGUCUACCAUGUCCCAGCUGGUCAGGGAAGAAGUGUAACUUCCGUGGAGCAUGUCUGGAUGGAGGGAAGGGCAACGGAACUUGUCUGUGUGAUGAAGGAUUUUCUGGUUUUGCCUGUCAUGAAUGUCAGAGUCCACUGGCUUAUGGACCCAACUGUGAUAGAGUGUGUGAUUGUGUGAAUGGAGUGUGCAGUAAGGGUCCGGAUGGUACCGGAGAGUGUCUCUGUCAGCCUCCCUACAGUGGCCCUCGCUGUAACCAAGUCAGUGACCAAUGCAGAAACUGCAGUUCCUUCUCGUACUGUGGGGGCGCUGGACAGCAGGCCGGCUGCGUCUGUCUGCCCGGACACAGGAAGAGCGCCACUCUCAACACCUGCAUGAGUUCGUGCUCGGCCAGGGACUGCCACCCCGACGCGGACUGCUCCACGGUGGGCUCCAAGGUGCAGUGUGUCUGUAAGGCGGGUUACCAUGGCGACGGGAAGAUCUGCCUACCCAUCAACCCUUGCUCCGUCAACAACGGUGACUGCCCUCCGAACUCGACCGUCUGUGUGUUCAAAGGCCCGAACAAGUCCAGCUGUGAGUGCAUGCUGGGCAUGGCCCCGUUAGGCUCCUCCUCCCCCAAGGCGGGCUGCGUCCUGGCAUCUGCCUGCUCAUUGGACACCUGUGACAGCACCGCCUUCUGUGUGACCGAGCGCGACGGCAUUCCAAGUUGUGAGUGCGCUGCCGGUCGGAUCGGAGACGGAUGGCGUUGCUAUGGUAACCUGAUGGAGCGGGUCCUGGAGCUGGACCAGAAAGGAGAUCAGAGAGGGAAGCUCUCUGGAACCAUCAUCCUGUUUGAGGGAGGCUGCCAGCUGGCCCUGAGCCAGGAGGGGCCCUUCACAGCCUUCAUCCCCCUGAUGGACAAGCCCCCGUCUGAGGAGGUGCAGAAGGAGUUUUGUGGGAAACAUCUGAUGCUGGGCCAGCACCUCCUGAAGAAUCUGGAGGGUCAACGAGACGUGAACUUCUUCGGAGGAGAAAAAGUCAGGUUCAAAGGAAACAAGCGUUUCAUACUGACUGAGGAUCCACUCAGAGUUUAUACUGUAGUCCAAGCCAACCUGCCAGCAGCCAAUGGGAUCAUCCAUAUCAUCGAUCGGCCAAUCGGCAGCCCCGUUCCUGGUUCUCCUCACGACCAGAUGUUUUCGGACCAGACCAUUGGAGAGAUUCUGAGGCUCGACCAAAAGUUCAACCGCUUCCUGUCUCUGCUGGAUAACUGCGGGGCCACUCUGCCGUUGUCGGGGCCGGGUCCUCUGACGGUCUUCAUUCCGACCAAUCAGGCAGUGGAUAAUGCGCGAGACGGCAGCCUCAUGUACAUGAUCACUAAUGCCAAACAUAAACUCCAAGAGCUACUGAAGUACCACAUGUAUUCACAUGCAGCGCUGAGUACAGGUGAGUUGGCCAGCCUACCCCAGAUAGAGACGCUGGCCAAUCAGAUCAUCACAAUCACCGUGGGAAAUGACGGUAAAGUCCUACUGGGGGAGAAGUCUGUGCCACUGGUAACCACCAACAUCGUAGCGUCCAAUGGGAUAGUGCAUAUGAUAGAGGGCCUUUUAGUCCCGCCCUCCAUCCUGCCCAUCAUGCCACACCGCUGUGAUGUCAUCAGCAGCAGGAUCAGCAUGGGUCCAUGUAUUCACUGUAAUGCCCUCCAUGCGUCCCGCUGUCCUGACGGAAGCACAGAACUGACCUCUCACCAGACAGGGUGCAACUACCGUUGGAUAUCUGUCACACUCAGUGACGGCUGUGCUAAGUUCUGCAACUCCAGCACACAGGUAGCAGGGUGCUGUCCAGGGUUCUAUGGUCCAGACUGCAGACCCUGCAUCGGAGGCUUCCAGACUCCGUGCUACGGCCGCGGCCGGUGCUCUGAUGGUAUCCACGGCAACGGAGCAUGCAGCUGUCAAUCGGCGUUCACGGGCGUGGCCUGUCACAUCUGCUCAGACCCAAACAAACAUGGAGACAACUGUGACCAAGACUGUUUGUGCGUGCACGGUGUGUGUGAUAACCGGGCCGACUCUGGGGGGGCUUGUCGCCCCGGGUGCUCGGAGGGCUUCGCCGGCUCGCUGUGCGACCGGACCGUCGGCUUGUGUCGCGCUGACGGCCUCCACAGACACUGCCACAUGAACGCCUACUGCCUGCAGUCUGGAGUCGGCCCCACGUGUGUGUGUAAGGAGGGCUUUGAGGGCGAUGGGCUCUCCUGCUCUCUGGUUAACCCUUGCCUGAGGAACAGAGGAGGCUGUGAUGCUAACGCCCACUGUGUGUUUGCGUCCACGCCGAAUGUGUCCUGCGUGUGUAACGUGGGCUGGUCCGGUGAUGGUUUGGUGUGUGUGGAGAUCAAUAACUGUGACCUGGCCAGCAGGGGGGGCUGUAGCCCUGACGCCGACUGCAUGUACAUCGGACCAGAGCAGAGUGAGUGCAAGUGUAAAAGUGGUUUCCAGGGAGACGGGGACACAUGUGAGCGCAUAGAUCCCUGUCGUAAAAACAACGGUGGCUGUCACAAAACGGCCAAGUGUUCUCUGAGUGAGGACCAGGUGAACUGUACCUGCCCGCCGGAACUCCAAGGAGACGGACUGGCCUGCUAUGGCUCCCUACUCGAGGAACUGGACUCUAACUGGUAUCUGAAUGGAUUUAAUCGUUGGCUCCAGAGGGAUAAGACCUCUAUAGACUACCUGUCCCGGAACGUGACGGUGUUGGCUCCGUCCAGAGACUUCUGGAAAAACUUCUCUUCCACCCAGGAAGCCUUCUGGUUCAACCGGCACCGAAUCACACACUUCCUACAAGCUCAGAUGAUUCCAGGGCUCUGGACUGUGGAGGACCUGAAGGGUCUGGAGGGCCACAGCGUCCCCACCCUCGGCGCCCCCACCUCCUGGAUCAUCAGCAGCAGCAACGGGACGCUCCUUGUGGGGAAUGCCUCUAUCCAUACAGCAAACCUUCCCUCAACCAACGGAUACAUUCACAUCAUCAACGGGCUCUUGGCUCCGCCUCUCUCUGACCUCUCCCCUUACCCCCCGACCCUGAUGGGAUUCUUAAACUCCUCGUCGAACUUCACAUUGUUCAGAUACUACGUCCUGCUCUACAAACUGGAGGAGGGCAAGAACGACUUCACCCUCCUGCUGCCAACCGACGACGCAGUCAGACGACACCUGAGCUCCACCAACUCCACCCUCCUGGACCCCUCAGUCUUUAGGUACCACUUCCUCAAUGAGAUUUUGCUUCCUGCCGACCUGAGAGAUGGACUGGUGAAAGAGACUCUGCUGGGCGAGGACUACUCGCUGCAGUUCCACCUUAAAAACAACCAGACAUUGGUGAAUGAUGCUGUGAUUGACAGUGGUUAUGUGGAUACCAAGUUCGGUGUAGUCAUGUUCCUCAAUCAGGUCCUCAAAGUUCAGCAGAACCGCUGCAGCCGAAGUGUCAACUUGAGGAGCAAAGGGAGGUGUUCUAGUUGUGAAGGACCUCCCAGAUGUUUCUUCAGCUACAAACCAACCAUGACUAAGUUUCCAGACGGCAUGGUGCCCGACUGCUUCUACAGGAAGAGGGUUGGCCCCCGCAGGAGGAACACCCCCGGCUGCAAGGCCACGUGCUUCAAGGUCCAAAAGGACCACGCCUGUUGCCCUGGUUACUACGGCCACGAGUGUUACCGGUGUCCGGGGGAGGCGGGCGACGGGUGCUCGGGCCACGGGCGGUGUCAGGACGGCCUCUUCGGCGACGGGGAGUGCCGCUGUCACGAGGGUUUCCACGGCACCGCGUGUGAGGACUGCGAGCCGGGCCGCUACGGAACCAACUGCUCGUCCAAAUGUGUGUGUGACCAUGGGAAGUGUGAGGACGGUCUAGCAGGAAGUGGGAGGUGUUUGUGUUUUAAAGGCUGGAGAGGAACUUCCUGUUCUGUCGAAAUCAAAGACGAUGUCUGUGGAGGCCUUUGUGAUGAGAACGCAAACUGUAUCGCUGGCCCGCGCGGCUCCAGUCCUACGUGCGUCUGUGCUGCAGGAUACCACGGAAACGGGACCUCCUGUAAAGAGCUGGACCUCUGUGGGUGGGCGAACGGAGGCUGUUCCAGGUUCGCCGUGUGCGCCCGGGCGUCCCCGACGCAGAGGACCUGCAACUGCAAGGACGGCUACUUCGGGGACGGAGUGGUCUGUCUAGAGGCUGACGGCUGCCUGUUCAACAAUGGCGGCUGUGACCGAACCGCAGAAUGUACCAGAACCGGGCCCAAUACUACGGCGUGCUCAUGCCUGCCUGGGUCCUACUUGUUGGGCCGCAGAUGUUCCAAGGUGAAGGAGUGCUGGAGGGGCAAGUGUGUGUGUUCUCCAUCAGCGAUCCGCAUGGGAGCCUGCAAGGGAAGCACCCUAGAGGAGCUCAAAUAUAAUCCAAAGAACGCCUUCUUCCGCCAAAUGAUGAAUACGUAUUAUCCAUUAUCUGCGACGUUCAAGGGUCCAAUCACAGUGUUUGUCCCAGACAUCGCGACCAAUCAGGACUUCCCUCUGUCAGAGUGGCAGUCUCAGGGUCGGACCCAACACCUGAGUCAGGCCCACGUUGUGUCCUGUGAGGUCCUCAGUUUCAGCGACCUGACAACCACCAAGCAGGCCGUCUCACUCUCAGGACUCACCCUGGACUUCACCCAGCGACAGGGUGAUCUGUACGUCAACAAUAGGUCCAGGAUUAUAGGAAGUGAUGUCACUGCUGACGGCAUAAUCCAUUAUGUGGAUCAAGUCCUUACUCCAUAUUCUCUAGAGAAUAAAAGCACACUGGACCAAAAAAUGAACUUUUCGACAGCAGUAAAAGCGUACGGCUACAGCCGCUUCAGCGACCUGUUCAAGGACUCCGGGUUGCUCCCGGUGCUCAGUAUGACCCGCCUCCAGCCCUUCCGGAUGCUGUGGCCAACAGACGAGGCCCUGCAGCGCCUCCCGGAGGCCAGGAGGACCUGGCUCAGUGCCCCACAACACAAACAGCAGCUAAAGGACAUCCUGGAAGCCCACAUCCUGAGGUCCUCCAUGAUUCAGCUUGUCACUGAGGCCCGGUCUAUGCAUGGAUCCAAGAUCAGCUUCACCUGCAACAAGGACCUGGCGGGGGAUCUGACCGUUAACGGGGCGAGGGUGGUGGAACGCUUCAUGGUCAUCAAAGAGGGCGUGGCCUUCGGAAUCGACCAAUUACUGGAGCCACCUGGCCUUGGAGCGCACUGCGACGGACUGGAGAACGAAACGAUCACAAGCCGCUGCGGAUUCUGCUCUGCAAUCCCAAGCUGUCCGUACCAAUCAAAAGACACAGGCGAAAGCAAGACAUGUACUUCGCCCUUGAGACACAAGUAUAGGUCAAUGCCGAUGAGCCAUUCCUUCAGGCGCGGGGGACUGGAUCCCUUCCCCUUCAUCUUGUGCAUGAGGAUCUGCAGGAGGGAGGUCUGGAAGGCCAAGUGCUGCCCGGGACACUUUGGAAGCGAUUGCCAAGUGUGUCCAGGUGGGCUGACCGCUCCCUGCGGUAACCACGGUGAAUGUCGGGACGGCAUAUACGGGCGGGGCACGUGCACCUGCAGCAAGGGAUUCAGGGGGAGCGCCUGUGAGCUGUGUGAGCCUGGUCACCACGGCAACAACUGCACAGAGUGUCAGUGUGUCCAUGGCAGCUGUGACGACGAGAUCGAUGGAUCUGGAGAGUGUUCUUGUGAGACCGGCUGGUACGGGAAACUCUGCAAAGAGAAACUAGACCAGCUCCCAGAGGAGUGCGCCCACUGCCACGAGGAGGCCGCCUGUGUUCCUGGCAGCGGCUGUCAGUGUAGGAAUCACUUUGAGGGCAACGGGACCCACUGCAGCCCAAUGCCAGUUCCAGACCUGUGUACAGAGUAUAACGGCGGCUGUCACCAGCACGCCGACUGUAACCAGACCAGUUGGCAGACCAACUGCUCCUGCCAGGCCGGUUACCAGGGAGACGGGUACUCCUGUGAGCCCAUCAACAGGUGUAUAGAGGAGCUCAAUGGAGGAUGCAGCGACUUUUCCGACUGCAAAUUUACUGGACCGGGCCAGCGUCAGUGUGAGUGUAAGCUGGGGUACGUGGGUAAUGGAGUCCAGUGUCUGGAGAGGGUGGUGCCCCCGGUGGACCGCUGCCUGGAGGAGAACGGGGGCUGCCAUGCCCAGGCCUCCUGCAAGGACCUGCAUUACCACGCCCGUACAGCAGGGGUCUUCUACCUCCCCUCCCCCCAGGGGAUCCGGUACCAGAUGAACCUGACGGGGGCUCAGAACGGCUGCAGUCAGCAGGGCGCUACGCUAGCUAGCUUCAAGCAGCUAGCAGACGCACAGCAGCUGGGGAUGCACCUCUGUAUAGCAGGGUGGCUGGAGGGGGGUAAGGUGGGUUACCCAACCACUGUGGCCUCCCCCCGCUGUGGCGACGGCCAUGUUGGUGUGGUGCUGUACAAGGAGCCCGUCCCACCCUCCAGCAAAUACGACGCCUACUGCUACAGAGAGACAGAUGUGUCAUGUGUGUGUAACAGUGGUUAUGUGGGAGAUGGAGGAUUCUGUAACGGCGCUGUUAUCAACGUCCUGGCAAUGAACAAAGACUUCAGCCGAUUCUACAAGUUCAUCCUGGAUUACAGCGGGUUGUCGGUGAAAGGAAGAGAGCUGCUUGACUUCCUGUCCAGCGCAGGAUCUGAUGUCAUGCUCUUUGUUCCUCACAACGACGGCUUCCUGACCAAUCAGACUCUGUCAGGUAGAGACCUGGAGUAUCAUGUCUCAGCCAAUCACAGCAGGCGUCUCUACCAGGACCUCCAACACCAGGAAGAGGUCCGCACCUGGCUGGGAGCCAAUCUGAUCGUUACCCACGGCAACAACCAGAGUGAUAAACUGGUGAACCAGCAGCUGUUGCUGGACUGGGACGUUCCCGCCACCAACGGGAUCAUCCACGUGAUUCAGGCCCCGCUCCGAGCCCCGCCCCCACAGGCCAUGGCCACUUCAUCUCAAAGCCCUGCCCCCUCCAGCGGUGUGUCGGCCAUCUUGGUAGCUCUUCUGUUGUGUGGCCUGGGGAUGGGAGCGGUGGGCUACUUCCUGUGGAGACGCCAGAAGACUCCCUUCAACUUCCAAUACUUCAAAAACGAGACUGAGGCCGUCCCGGCGGCCAUGAUGUCCAUUGACAACCCUCUGUACAGCGAAAACAUUGACUCAGGACAGCCCUCCGACCUUGUGGAUUCUUCAUACUGGGGGGACAUGAAGCAGUAGAACCAGUUGAAACCAGAAGAAACCAGAAGUAACCAGAAGUGGCCGAGCAGAAGUUCUCCCGAGAGGAAACAGCGUCUGGUUUCACAUUCAGAGGAAACGUGAACGACACAAUAACGUAGGGUACAUAAAAACCCGCUCACUCGUUGUCCAUGGAUGGUGAUAUCUGUAUUGGCUACAGCUUGUUCUCGUGGCUGAUUUUACCCAGAAUGCAAAGCUGACAUAAUUUUCCACCAUAAAGUAUUUUUAAAUAAAAUGUGUACAUUUGAAUGUGAAGAUCUAUUUUUAACCAAUAAAUCAUCUUGUUAUCGUA